CGAUAGAUCCUGGUAAACCACAAUGAAGCCCUCAGGUGUCUUCAUGGGUGUGUUCGUUUGCAUUWCUUUUGUUUCACGGAUCUYAAUACUUGUCCAUGCUGAACACAACAACAAGAUAACAAAAUAUCAGGCAAACUAUCGUCAAGUAAAAGGUCUAAAGAGCUGUGGUCCUGAUUGUUCUGGUGUAUGUGUUGAUGGGGUUUGUGUUGGUGGUAGCGGUGGAAGUGGACAGUGUACUAUUGAYGUUGACAAAGUUUUUAAAACUUGCUGUAAGACAGGGAGAGACGGGAGAGACGGGAAAGAUGGUCGUGACGGGCAGCAAGGUCCGAAAGGUGACCGAGGUGAAAAAGGCGAAAAAGGAGAACAAGGAGUAAAGGGAGACAAGGGUGAGUCAGGGAAGCCAGGCCUUCAAGGUCUACAAGGACUUCAAGGAAUGAAGGGUGACCUGGGUCUGAGGGGACCUCCUGGGUUAAACGGAACUUGCACGUGUCCUAUUACAGAGAAUGUGAAUAUCUGCAUUUAUUGAUUCAUUGCAUCCAUUUUGA